GGCGGCGCGGCGCGGCGCGGAUCCACGCGGAGUUGGGGCCGAGGAGGUCGUGGAUCUUGGCCAGGUCGGAGCGGACCCGACCUGCUGUUACUGUCAUGGCGGCCCUAGGCUCCAGCAGCCAGAAUGCCACGGAGUAUAUUGUCCGAGUUCCCAAAAACACGACGAAACGAUACAACAUCAUGGCCUUCAACGCAGCCGACAAAGUCAGCUUCUCCACUUGGAAUCAGGCCCGGCUGGAGCGCGACCUGAGCAACAAGAAGAUUUACCAGGAGGAGGAGAUGCCCGAGUCGGGCGCGGGCAGCGAGUUCAACCGCAAGUUCCGCGAGGAGGCUCGCAGGAAGAAGUACGGCAUCGUGCUCAAGGAGUUCCGCCCCGAGGACCAGCCCUGGCUGCUGCGGGUCAACGGCAAGGCCGGCCGGAAGUUCAAAGGCGUGAAGAAGGGGGGUGUGACGGAGAACACCUCCUACUACAUCUUCACCCAGUGCCCUGAUGGCGCCUUUGAGGCCUUCCCAGUGAACAACUGGUACAAUUUCACGCCGCUGGCCCGGCACCGCACGCUCACCGCCGAGGAGGCCGAGGAGGAGUGGGAGCGGAGGAACAAGGUCCUGAACCACUUCAGCAUCAUGCAGCAGCGGCGGCUCAAGGACCAGGACCAGGACGAGGACGAGGAGAAGGAGAAGCGUGGCCGCAAGAAGCCCAGUGAGCUGCGCAUCCACGACCUGGAGGACGAUCUGGAGAUGUCCUCGGAGGACAGCGAGGCCAGCGGCGAGGAGGGCAGCAGACCGUCCAAGGCCAAGAAGAAGUCGCCGCAGACUAAGGCAGGCAAGAAGAAGAAGAAGAAGAAGACCUCCGAUGACGAGGCCUUCGAGGACAGCGACGACGGGGACUUUGAGGGCCAGGAGGUGGAUUACAUGUCGGAUGGCUCGAGUUCCCCAGAUGAGACGGAAGGCAAGCCCAAAGUGGUCCAGCAGGAGGAGGGGCCCAAGGGGGUGGACGAGCAGAGUGAGAGCAGCGAGGAGAGCGAGGAGGAGAAGCCCCCGGAGGAGGACAAGGAGGAGGAAGAGGAGAAGAAGCCUCCCGCCCCCCAGGAGAAGAAGCGCAAGAAAGACAGCAGCGACGAGUCGGACAGCUCAGAGGAGAGCGACAUUGACAGUGAGGCUGCUUCAGCCCUCUUCAUGGCGAAGAAGAAGACGCCCCCCAAGAGGGAGCGGAAGCCAUCGGGAGGCAGCUCACGGGGCAACAGCCGGCCUGGCACCCCCAGCACAGAGAGCAGCAGCACCUCGUCCACCCUGCGUGCAGCCGCCAGCAGGCUAGAGCAAGGAAAGCGGACGAGUGAGAACCCUUCUGCCAAGCGGCUCCGCAUGGACCCCGGGCCACAGAGCCUGUCUGGUAAAUCCACCCCCCAGCCCCAGUCUGGGAAGUCGACACCCUGCAGCAGCGACGUGCAGGUGACCGAGGAGGCUGUGCGCCGCUACCUGACGCGCAAGCCCAUGACCACCAAGGAUUUGCUGAAGAAGUUCCAGACGAAGAAGACGGGGCUGAGCAGCGAGCAGACGGUCAACGUGCUGGCCCAGAUCCUCAAGCGCCUCAACCCGGAGCGCAAGAUGGUCAACGACAAGAUGCACUUCUCCCUCAAGGAGUGACCGGCAGGGCCCAGGCCCCCGCCCAGCGCAGCCGGCCCUCCGGCGGCGGGCUCUGCCUGCCGGAGCCUUCCAACAAGACUUAUUUGCCUUCCGGUUGUCUCUGGCUUCUGGGGACCCCGUGUGUCGCUAGAGAGCUGCACCCCCUUGGGCUUUCAGGUCCCGAGUUUCUGGGGAGACAGCCAGCUCUGUCUGCAGCUCCUCACUUCUCAGUAAACAUCAGCCGGUUAACUACA